AUGGACGUUAAACAGAGUUCAUGUGGUGCUGCUGUUGCUGCUGAGCUUCCAUGGAAGACCCGCCUAGUGGUCCACUUGGGCUCUUUCGCACUCGACGCCAGUCGUCUCUCCCACCGCAUCCUCCGCUUCGUCCGCAUCCUUGAACCCAAAUCUCCACCCUCCUCCAAACCCAUCAAUGGAGUCUCCUCCUCCGACAUCGCCGUCGAUCCUUCAAGCAAUCUCUGGUUCCACCUCUACCUCCCCUCCUCCUCCUCCACCACCACCCUCCUCCCUCUACUCAUCUACUUCCACGGCGGCGGAUUCCUCUCCUCCGCCGCCAAUUCCAAAACCUACGACCUUUUCUGCCGCAACCUCGCCGCUCAUCUCCAAGUCACCGUCGCCUCCGUCAACUACCGCCUCGCCCCCAACCACCGCUACCCUUCCCAAUACGACGACGGUUUUGCAACCCUCAAAUUCAUCGACGCCCAUAACUACGCAGUAUUACCCUCCAACAUUGAUCUCAACCGUUGUUUUCUCGCCGGCGACAGCUCCGGCGGCAACAUAGCCCACUACGUGGCCGUCAGAUACGGCCGACACGAGUUUGAGAAGCUGAAUAUUAUUGGUUUGGUAGAGAUACAGCCGUUCUUCGGUGGAGAAGAGCGCAGUGAAUCGGAACUCCGGCUCAGUAGAGCUCCAUUUCUGAAUGUGAAACGUACAGACUGGAUGUGGAGGUUGUUUUUGCCAAUAGGAUCGGACCGAAACCAUGAGGCGGUGAGUGGUGGUGAUGUGUCGGCGGCGGUGAAGUUUCCGGCGACGUUGGUGGUGAUUGGUGGUGGUGAUCCGUUACAGGACUGGCAGAGGAGGUACGUUGAGGGGUUGAAGAAAUCAGGGAAGGAAGUGAAGUUGAUUGAGUAUCCAAACGCCAUCCAUGGCUUCUAUAUCUUUCCUGAAUUGCCCCAACUUUGGUACCUAAUUGCGGAGGUCGGAGACUUUAUUCAAAGCCAAUCUGCUAGAAAUGCCUAG